AUGCCACCGCGCAAAUCUAAUGUCUCGGUGGCCACAAACGGCGGGGAUGAGGGUGCAGAGCCUAUGCCAGCGAAGGCCACCAAGGAAGGCUUUGGUGUUGAAGAUCUCAGUCUGCCCAAAUCCAUGAUUGCUCGCCUGGCCAAAGGAGUUCUACCAGCAAACACGCAAAUACACAAGGAUGCUCUACUGGCGCUGCAUAAGAGUGCGACCGUUUUCGUGAGCUACAUCGCCUCGACAUCCAAUGAGAAUGCACAAGCAAGUGGCAAAAAGACCAUUAUGCCUCCCGAUGUGGUUGCUGCUCUGAAAGAUGCCGAGUUCGAAGAAUUCCUGCCACGUCUGGAAGCUGAGCUCAAGAAAUACAACGACACGCAAUGCGAUAAGCGUAACACGUACCGAAAACGCGUCAAGGAAGAAAAGACUGUGACUGUCGUACCUGGUGAAGGCGAAGGCGAGCAGGCUGCAGAUUCGACUACUCCACUAGCAAAUGGUACAGCCAAUGGCCAUGCUACUGAGGAUGACGCCGAGCGGCCAGCAAAGAAAGUCAAGGGCGACGCUGGAUUGGCGUUGCCUCCUGACCGUGACAACGUAGAAGACGAGGAUUUAGACGAGACUAACGGCGACAUACCUGACGAUGUCGAUGAUCCAGAGGACGAGCCAGAGGAUGACGAGGUCGAUCAAGACGAUGAUGCUGAAGAUGAGGAUGGCCAGGACGAGACGAUGGAGGAUCCAGCUGAUCAGCUUGAGGAUAGAGGCGAGUUGCAAGACGAAGCGUUGGACGACGAACCCGAUAGUGAUUAG